UGGAGCUUGUUGGAAGAUGACUUCUUCCACUGCGGACGAACCGGUAUUCACUGCGGAUUCCUUUCUGCCUCAGGCAUACACCUGGCAACCCCGUCUUGGCAGACCGGAAAAGCCUGCAUGGCCGAAAACGGUCUAGUGUGGUUGAGUCCCACCGCGUUCCUUUCCUUUUUCGGAUCGACGGUGGCCCUCUUCACUUCAUGCCUGAGGCCGUGCAUUGCAAUUUAUCUCAAGGCUGAGCUUGAGAUAAAUUCAAUCAUCGCCUUGGUCUGCUUCACAGAUCCAAGAUUUUUCACUGAAAUCUUUUCACUGAAAUCUCUACUCCGUAGAGAGUGGUUGUGGGUGAGUGCGCAAGCAGGAUACUUUAUGUGUGGGUAAAUCUUCUUCCAUCUUGAAAAUCCAGCGUUCAACAAAGUUUCUAUCGUCAUCCACUGGUAGGAUGAACCAACAGGACUGGCACUGGAAUCCUACUCGUUCAAUACGGGGUGG